CCUUAUUCAGCCCGCCGCCAUUUUGAUUCGAAAACGAGGCUGUGAGGGAUAGCAGUCAGCAGCGUUCACUAUGGCGUAUUGUUGUGUACCGGGAUGCCGGUCGUUUAGCCGUCAAAAUAAAGACAAUACGUCAUUUCACAAAUUUCCACAGGACAGAGAACUUCAGAAAAAGUGGAUUGUUAAAAUUCGACGGGACAUUGGACCUAAUUUUCAGAUUACAAAGAACACACGAGUGUGCUCGAAACAUUUCUCUCCGGAAUGUUUUUCAAGAACACUGACUGGAAUCAGGAAGCUAAAGGGAGGUUCAGUUCCCUCCGUGUUUACAUGGACUCAACAGCCAAACGAAAGGAAAACCUUACGAUCACAAGAAAAAUGGCAUUUAGAGGAAGAACAUGAGGAAGAUGAAAGUUCUACAAAGGAUGGACCAAGCAACGAAGAAUGUCAUGUCACAGAGAUGCCAAACACUGAUCAUGAUUAUUGUGUGGAGCCCAUGACUACAGAGGAGAAGCUUGUGGCUGCACAAGAGGAAAUUUCUCGUCUGUCUGCUGAAAAUGAAGCACUCAGAAGUAAUCAGUUUGGCAUUCAGAACUUUAUGGAUUGGGCCUUCUUGAACAAGACCUUGCUGUGCGUUUCAGUGUUUCACAAAGUACAGUCAGUAGAAUUUGUGUAACCUGGGCAAAUUAUUUGUACUUCAUGCUGGGGAGUCUGCCUAUAUGGCCAAGUAGAUCUGCAGUUGAUGAACUUAUGCCAGAGUAUUUUAAAGCUCUCUACCCCAAAACCAGAGUCAUCCUGGAUUGUACUGAAAUUCGAGUCCAAUCUGCCAGCUCUAAGGUACUGAACUCUGAGACUUACUCACACUACAAAGGCACGACUACACUCAAAUCUCUGGUUGGAAUUUCCCCGGAUGGGAGCAUG